CUUGCAAAACCCACCGGAGUUAGAAUUAUAUUUUUGGUGCCCUUAUAUAGAGUCAGUCAUCAUGCCCCGUUCCUGCAAUUCACUCAAACACGAUCUCAGCCAAUAUCACGAGACUAAGAGCGAGCGAGGGAGAAGUAGGCGAACCCCAAGGAACAAGAGUUGGACAAAGCUGUGAAGACAAGGACUAGCUAGCUAUGGAUCCACCGCUGUGUGCCAAGGGAUGUGGGUUUUAUGGAACAGUGGAGAAUCAGAAUAUGUGCUCCAAGUGCUUCAAAGAGUUCCAAAAGAAACAGGAGCUUAGAGAUCCAACAGUCAAGGCAGAAACUGAAGUUGGAAAACGUACGGAAGUGGCACGAGAUUACCAAUCAGAGACUGAAGAAACUGCAGUGGUUAAUUCUGGGGUUGAGAAAAUCAGGUGCAAGAGUUGUAGGAGGCGAGUUGGGUUGACUGGGUUUAAGUGCCGGUGCGGAGGCGUGUUUUGUGGAGUCCACAGGUAUCCUGAAGCACAUACAUGUAACGUUGAUUUGAAGGCGCUUGGACGAGAGGCUUUGUUGAAAGAAAAUCCUGUUUGCAAGAACGAUAAAUUGAACUGGAGGAUAUAGAUAAUUAGAUGUAGUGUUACUGUUUUAUUAUGGAUUUGGAUUUGAAUUUUUUUAUUCUUCUUGUUCGUCUGUGGUGUAAUUGGUGGUUUAUGAAAUUGUGAACUCGUAAAUUCAAUCAAAACACAUUCAUAAUUUUUGCAAAAAAAAAAUAGAAAUUACAAUGGC